AUGGCGUCCCUUAAUGCAAACUCCACCAUCCCUCCUCCUUCCCUGCAAUACCUCGAAAGAGGUUACGGAGCGAGCAGUACUCGAUCGAAUCUGCUGCCUGCCACUGCGGCAACAGAUUUUGGAUCCGGCUCAACACCAGGCAACCCCAUAGACACAUCACCGCUGGCACAAUCCGCCGCACACAACGGUCGCUUUAACGAGGAGUGGGACGCAAGCCAGCGGGGCAGUUCGAUCAUCGACGGUCCAAUGCAGCGGUCCAACUCUGUCAUGUCGCAGGGCGACACCCUGAUCCCGUCGAGGGGAGGAACUCUAAAGAAGAAGGCCUCCCUGCGAAGAACAGGCUCCUUGAAGAGAACCUCGAGUCGCCGAAGCUCGAGAGCUGGGAGUGUUCGAAGCCUGGUCCUCCAAGCUCCGGGAGACAUAGAUGAAAUGCAUAGUGCAUUCUUCUCUCCCGUACCUACCAGCGGCAAUCCGACGGAAAUCCUAGCAAAUAGAUUCCAAGCUUGGCGCAAAGUCCUCAAGGAUCUCAUUACAUAUUUCCGAGAGAUUCAAGCGAGCUAUGAUCAUAGAUCAAAGACCCUCUUAAAGAUUUCAAAUGUCAUCAACAACACCUCUGCACCGCCCAUAUUCCUCCAAUCCAGCGGCCUUGAUGAUGCUGUACAGGUUCUACGCACUUACCACAAGUCUUCCGUCAUGGAGGCCAACAAGUCGAAAGAAAUUGAGAAUGAUGUCAUUCUGGCCCUUACUGGACUGCGAAGUGAUCUAAAUCAGAAGAUCAAGGAGAUCAAGAACCUCUCUGGUGAUUUCAAGAACUCGGUGGAGAAGGAAAUCGAGAAUACGCGCAGAGCCGUGAAUGAUCUGCAAGAAGCAUUGGGACAGUCUGAUGUUGACACCGCCCAGAUGACUGGAAAGAAGGACCCAUAUCUGCUUAAGCUUGCUGUGGAUCGCCAAGUUGAGAAGCAGAUCGACGAAGAGAACUAUUUACACCAAGCGUAUCUCAAUCUCGAGGCCUCUGGGCGAGAACUUGAGGCUAUCGUCGUUGGCGAAAUCCAGAAAUCUUACAAUGCUUACGCUGGUAUAUUAAAGCGUGAAGCAGAUGCGGCUUAUUCUACCAUGGAAGAGCUGCGUACUGGUCCUAUUGCUAUGCCAAAGGACCAUGAAUGGAAUGCCUUCAUUAAGAAUGACGAGCACUUUGUGGAUCCAGGUAUACCUGUCCGAGAAGCUCAGAAUAUUCAUUACCCAGGCAGGGAUAAUGAGCUUGCACAGGAGGUACGAGCGGGUCUCCUGGAACGGAAGAGCAAAUAUCUCAAGUCGUAUACAGCUGGUUGGUAUGUACUUUCGCCAACUCAUCUCCAUGAGUUCAAGUCUGCGGAUAAGACCGGAGCUCCUAUUAUGUCUCUGUACCUGCCUGAACAAAAGCUGGGGUCUCAUUCCAGCGAGGGCUCUUCUUCGAACAAAUUCAUGCUAAAAGGUCGUCAAACCGGAUCUAUGCACCGCGGCCAUUCCUGGGUGUUCAGAGCCGAGUCAUAUGACACAAUGAGCGCUUGGUAUGAUGAUAUCAAGAUAUUGACAUCGCAGUCCCCUCAAGACAGACAAAAUUUUGUUCGCCAGCAUGCUCGCAGUAUCAGUGGAAACUCGCAGAAGGCUGGCUCGAUAAGCUCUGAUGGGAUUAUGGACGAAGAGGAUGAGGAGCCAUUUUCUGCUACCAACUCAGCUGUUGUGGCCCCGGGACCAAAGCCAGACGAGCCAAAACGUCCCCAGCCAGGUGGGCGAUUUCCUUCUCAACUGUCCAUCGACACGUUGUCACAAAGAGGCUUACAAGCUCCUCUCUCGCCAUCUAGUGGAAGUUCCGGUUUCGGAGAUGUCCAAGAUCGCAAUGUAGUUGCUGCUGCUAGCUCUUUGCCCGGUAGUGGAGUAGGAAACCAUUAUGGAGCCGAUCCAUCAUCCCCUACACAUGCUGCUUUGGUCAACCGACAAGCCGAGGAAGACGGCAUCAAUCCUUACACAUCUCAACCAAUACAUAACGCCGCCCAGAAUCACACUUCAAACGUACCAGCCGUUGGUGGUCUUGCUAUCGCUGGGGUUGGAGCUGCUGCAGGAGUUGCAGGCUCAGAAGCAUACCGCCAUCACGAGGAUGAAAAAGCUGCGGAAAUGUACCGACAGGAACAAGAACAACAAGCGGCUCUCGAAUCAUCAGCUGUUGCUGCACCGGAUACCUACGAGCACGAAUCCGAACGAAAGGCAGCACAUGAGGCCGUCAUAUUUGCAGCUCCAGAUGUCCCUAUCACAUCUUCGAAUUUCAUAUCUGGCGGACGUAGUCAAGGAGAUGUCAGCAGUGUCGGCACUGAUUUGACGAAGGGGGCGUUCCUGGAGCAGGCUCCAAACGGACCCAAAAUCACAGCAAACCCGUCGGAGGCUGUGCUCAGACCUUUGACUGAGGACACCCGACCAAGUCUGGCUGCGGGGCAGAAUCACCAAAGUGUGAAGAGCAUCAGUCAAUUGCACGUCCCAGGCGAGUUUCCAAGGACCAAUACGGAGUCC